GUAGAAAGCUAAAUAAUAAUCUUAAAACGUCCAGAAACAAGGGUCGGAGGGGUAAUAGAGGUCUAGUGUUGAUAUCAGAGCUCGAUUCCUUCCCACUUUGAGUGAGAAAACCUGGUAGUGUUAUAGACCUUGACCAUUUCCUCUUCUAUGCUGGUGGUAAAUGAUCUAUUCAUUGAGGAACGACGUAUUCCCUUCUCUUGAAUUGUGUUGCUGUGUUUGGCUUACAUUCUCGAAAUGUGUUUUCUGAACAUAGGAUCUUUAGUUUAAUGUUAUUAUCAAGGUUUGAAUAUAUAUUCGAGAAAUUUAAUUGAGGCAGUGCAUUUUAAAUUCAUUUAUAAUUUAGUAUAAUUUAAUUUGUUUAGGCAUUCAUUAAACAUAAGAAAUGGCUAAACGAGACAAUGAUAUGAAGUCAAAAGUUGACAGAAUAGUUGAAAAAUUCCUUGGCUUUAAUGAACCAGUUUUAGCAGCUACUGCUUUAAAUUGUGUUAACAAUGGAUAUGACAAGAAAAAAACAACAGAAAAGCUGGGGAAUCUAUUGGAUACGAGCAAAGCAGAAAAGUUGGCUGAGAAACUUUCUGGGCUUUACACAGAAGGUGUUAAAGAUACCAAAACCAACAGGAAGAGACAUUUCGAUGAUCUUGAUCCUUUCACAGAAAAUAAAAAAAUUAAAUCUGAUAGGGAUGCUGAUAAAAAGGGUGAUGUGCUAUCUUCCAAUGAGAUUAAAAAUAUGAUGGCGAAUGCUCAAAAAAUGAUAGAAGAAAGGAAGAAAUCUUUAAUGGCUAUUAAAGGUGGUUCUAAUACAAAUUCUCAACCUCCUGUCAAAUCAGCUCCAAAGGCUUUACCAACUCCACCUAUUUCUAGUACUGUUUCAGCAGUGCGAGUCCCUGAUGAGAAAGCUAAGAAAAUAGCUCUUUUACAGGCUCAAAUAAAAAACAAAUUGAGCAGUGGCGUACUUGGUUUUGAUGGAUCGGGGAUACAAGUUGGCAAGCCUACUCCAUUGAUUCUUGACAGCGAAGGCAGAACUGUUGACAGCACUGGGAGGGAAGUUCAACUUACUCACGUUGUACCUACACUCAAGGCAAAUAUUAGAGCCAAAAAAAGGGAAGAGUUCAAAGCACAACUUCAGGAGAAACCUACUGAAGAGAGUUCGGAGGCCAAGUUUUUUGAUCCCAGAAUUUCAGCCAGAUCAAAUGUCAGGAACAGAAAAGCUUUACGUUUUCAUGAACCUGGAAAGUUUCAACAAAUGGCUGACAGAAUGAGAAUGAAGGCUCAGUUACAAAAACUUCAAAGUGAAAUUUCUCAAAUAGCGAAAAAGACCGGGAUUACAUCAGCUACAAAACUGGCACAGAUUGCUCCAAAGGUUGAACAGACAUCAGCAGACAUUCCUCACGUGGAAUGGUGGGACUCUGUGGUUCUCUUAAAUGAUUCAUACGGUCCAGAUGAUGAGGAACCGAAAUUAAAAGAAGAAGCAAUUACACACCUUAUCGAACACCCAAUCCAAAUGAAAGCUCCUACUGUUCCAUCAAAGCCUGUUUAUAUGCCGGUAUUUCUUACGAAAAAAGAACGAAAAAAACUUAGGAGGCAAAACCGAAGAGAAACAUGGAAGGAAGAGCAAGAGAAAAUACGUUUGGGUUUAGUUGCUCCUCCAGAACCAAAGCUCCGUAUUUCAAAUUUGAUGAGAGCCUUGGGCACAGAAGCUGUUCAGGACCCAACAAAAAUGGAAGCUCAUGUAAAAGCUCAGAUGGCAAAGAGAGCUAAGCAGCAUGAAGAAGCAAAUGCAGCUCGUCGUCUUAAUCAAGACCAAAGGCGAGAGAAAAGGAGGCGAAAGCUAAUGGAAGAUACUACUCUUGGGGUUCAUGUUUCCGUUUAUAGGGUAAAAGACUUGACAAAUAUGACCAAAAAAUUCAAAGUGGAAAUGAACUGCAAACAGCUUUUCAUGACAGGAGCAGUUAUAAUGUACAAAGACUGUAAUGUUGUCAUUGUUGAAGGUGGACCUAAGCAACAAAGUAAAUACCAUAGAUUAAUGAUGCAACGAAUAAAAUGGGAAGAAGAUUCUGUGAAAAAUACUGAUGGUAAAGAAACACCAAACAACUGUGUGCUCGUGUGGGAGGGUAUGACUCCUACAAGGCACUUUGGAGAGAUGAAAUUUAAAGUCUGUGCUACCGAGAAGCUUGCUAGAGAACAGCUUAGAAAGCAUGGGGUGGAACAUUAUUGGGAUCUCGCAUACAGUGGAACCGUGUUAGAAACAGAAGAAAAAUAAAUGUAAUUUAAAUAGUCUUAACAAUUUUUUCUCUAAGGUUUUCUAUUUGUAAAUAAUGUGAAUAGAUAAUAAUUGAAAUGUUAUUAAUAAAAAUAAUCUUAUGUUUAUUUUCUUCAAACCUAUAUUGCUCAGAGUUGUUCUAUUAAGUUGUAACCUUAAUAUUUUUAUGUGAUAAAAUAAAAUAUAACUUACCAAGAUAAAAUUGGAAAAUACAACACUCCGUGACCUUCACCCUACUGUGCUUGACUGCCAUUGUCACCAUCAUUCGAAUUUGUUUAUUAUAUAUUAUCUAUUUUAAGCCAAUAAUGGUAAAACAUUAUAUUUGUUUUUAAAGAAAGAAUUAAUUUGGAAGG